AUGGUGUCAUCUUUGCUGUUGAUGCAUUGGUCGACGACAGCUUAUUCUCUUGAAAAUAUUGAUUAUAGUAGUGCUUUUGGAAACGAAAUCCUUGGUGAAGGAACAACAACAACAGCUUUUGAUGUUAUGGAUUAUGGUGCAGCUGGAAAUGGCCAAACAGAUGAUUCUCAAGCAUUCAACAAAGCUUGGAAAGAUGUUUGUGGGGCAAGUACAAAUCAAGAAGUUGCAACACUUCAAGUACCUCCAGGGAAAACAUUCCUGCUUGGACCAGUUGCUUUUCAGGGUCCAUGCAUGGCCAACACCAUUCAUUUUCAGCUUCAAGGGACCCUCAUUGCACCCCAAAGCACUUCCUGGGCAGGUGAUGCAUUGGAUACUUGGAUUCAAUUCUCAGGGAUUCACAAUCUCAUCUUUGAUGGAGAUGGCAAGAUUGACGGCCAGGGUUCCUUUUGGUGGCAAUCUUGCAAGAAAAAGACAAUUUUUGGGACUUUUUGGAGCUGCCAGCAUCGACCUCGAGCUCUACAUUUUCACAAUUGCAAUGGUCUUCGAUUAGAAGGACUCACCCAUCUCAACAGUCCGAGGUCCCAUAUAUCAAUAAAUGCUUGUCAAGAUGUCAGCAUCUCUAAUCUCAAUAUUAUUGCACCUGAGGACAGCCCAAACACUGAUGGAAUAGACAUUUCUGCUUCUAGCAAUGUUAAUAUUCAAGAUUCUCGCAUUGGAACUGGUGAUGACUGUGUUGCUAUCAAUGGUGGCUCAUCUUUUAUCAACAUCACUGGUGUUGACUGUGGACCAGGCCACGGUAUCAGUAUUGGGAGCCUUGGAGAUGGAGCUUAUGAUACAGUUCAAGAUGUGCAUGUAAAAAACUGCAACUUAAAAAAUACUCAAAAUGGAGUAAGAAUCAAGACAUUUCAGGAUGCAUCAGGUUUUGCCACGAAUAUCUCUUUCGAGCACAUUGGCUUUGACAAUGUCAGAAACCCCAUUAUUAUUGACCAAUUCUAUCAAGACAAGAGCAAAAAUUCUAAAGAAAUAUUGAAAGCUGCAGUCAUUGAAGUAAGCCAUGUUACCUACUCUGAUAUUCAUGGAACUUCAGCCAGUGACCGUGCUAUUGAUCUGAGCUGCGACGAUGUUGUGGGUUGCAGCAACAUAGUAAUGCACAAUAUUAACAUAACCUCAGCUGUUCCUGGUCAGAAUGUCUAUGGCUUCUGCAACAAUACUCGAGGAACCGCUACUUCAAUUCAACCAGAAGUGUCAUGCCUAUUCUGA